AAUCGUAAAUCGGAACGUGUGUGCAGUCACUUUCAAUCUUUGCUCCUGUGAACUAGAUUUAGGUGGCCGCCCGUUGGACACGGUCAGUUAUACGCAGUAAUCCAGUAAGGUCGCUGGGUUAUACAAUACCGCUAGAACUAAACCGUGAUACUUGAUUGGACACUAAAACCUUCUCUAUUAAAACCUUCGUCGUGUGUGAAAUUGAUUAAAAAAAAUCGAACUCUAUUCAAUUUGAAUUUAGAAUUAACAGUGACAUAUUCAACUUGAAUUAAGAAUUUGCAGUGACAAAGUCAUAGACAAAAAUGCAGUUAUUAAAAGUGUGUUAUAUCUGGACUGUUUUGUUGUUGUUAUUAUUUGAUUGCUUAAUGGAAGGAUCUACACAAGAGUCGACAUUUGAAUUACCAGUGCAGUUAGUCGGAUUCCCAUUCAUUAUAGUAGCAGUCCGACUAACUAAUUUCGUGAAGAAACUGUCUUACGCCUUGAGUCCAGCGACAUACCGCUCCCGCAACCGUCGCCAGCUGACGUUUGCAGACCCCGAGCUAUUCGAUGCGACGGAGGUUGAGAAAUACAUCGUGGGCGAGUUCGGGGCGCGCGCAUGCAUCUUCGAACGCGUUUGCGCACACUACGCGAUGCGGGCCCAAGCGCAGCCACGCCCACAGUUCGAUUGGCCUGAUGUCUUCAGCCAAUACAAACGCUCACCAGACCAGGCCAAAGAGUUUUACCUUCUCAGCGUGUUCCUAGGAGACAUCGUGGGAUCCCCUCAACUGUGUCACCAGCUUGGCAAGAGACGGAACUGUGACAGUGGCCAGUAUGGCAUAGCGUAAUUAUACUUAGUUAUAUAAGAGCUCUGAAGAUGAAGGAAUAUGAGGUAAGGUUGUAUGUAUUUGUAAGGGUGGGUUUAGACCAAAUGAAUAAAGAACUAGCGUUACAAUAGGAGUUUUCUUUGGUAGCAUUUUGGCAUCUUUCUCGAUCAAGUUCUUUUUGAUCUAACCAGAUGUUAAUAUAGAUAUAUAUGGCAUUAUUUCGUUGUUCCAUCCAAAUAGUUUGAUAAAUGGGAUUUGCUUUAAAUGAAAAAUGGGUAUUUACACUUAGUAAUUGCAAAUAAUAACAAUUUACUUCAAGUGUAAGUCAUAAAAAAAUGCUCUUACAUGUUAUCCAAGAUAAAAAUGGGGGUCAUUAUUGGCAGAGUAGGUAUAUAAAAUUAUCCCGAAUGUAAUUUAAAAUUUUGUAAAAUCAAUUAAAUAAAUUCGCUGUUCGAGAUACUUCGUUCGAAAUACAGUUCUCUAAUGUAAUGAAAAUCUAAUUGGAGCUUCUGAUACUUUAAUUUUAGUAAGCAAAUCUAUAAGUAUGUAAUAUAGUAAAUUAGUUAUACAUAAUUUCUUAUUGGGUUGUAUUCCCUAUGUCGGGCAAAUGUGUAAUUCUAAAAAAAUAUUGUAGAAUUAUUGUGACUACAAUUUUCUUUAUAAUAGCAAUAAUUUUUUGAAUCUAUGUAUAAUCAUAUUUAUAUUUAAUUAUUUUAUGUAGAUAUCACUUAACUGUGUUCACAUAAAACCUUUAUGUUAUCUUACUUAAUAUCUUUAAGUAAUACUUAAGUAUUAAUGUAGGAAAUCAAAGACAAACUAAUGUUUUAGUCAAAAUACCACAUCAAUGUAUCGUGAUGAUAAUUAAGUUAGUUAAAAAUUUUUUUUUUAGAUUUUUUAAUAUUUUUGUACUUGUACACAUUUUAAAUAAAUAAUAUAGUUUGUAGUUUUAAGUUAUGCGCGCAUUAAAAGUUACCUAUUUUGUGAUGUAUGUAGUUUAUUAAGAUUUUAAUUUUGUUAUUGAUUACACAUUUUUAUUUUAUUAUAAAAAUAUUUUUCUAUAUUUUUUCACAUUAGUUCAGCAUUAGUAACUGCUAAUAUUUUAUUCUUGGAGUAGCUUUUUGUCCAUGGUUUUAUAAUUUACAAGAAAAUUUAUUUACUUCCUUAUUUUUGCUUUUUAUUAAAUACUUCGUACAUAUGAAUAUUCAUGGUAAUUACUAAUAAUAUUGUGUAAUUUUUAUCAUAUUUUUAUUUUAAUCGAUUGUCUAUAAAAAAUCUCUUUUCCUUUAUUUUCUUAUCUUUUAGACUUCUUUGGCUAACUUGUUUGUUUUCCUUUGUAAUAUAGUUUGUUGAAAUAAUUAAACAAAAUACCAUUGUUUGUUGUUAAUUAAUAUAUUAGUAAUAAGAUUUCAAAACCGUGAAUUCUUCCAAUUAGUUGCCACAGGAUAAUGUGCAAUGUUUUUUCUUUGUUUUUUCCGCAAUACUUUUGAAUAGAAAACUGGGAUUACUUAUUAAUUAUUUGUUAACUGUAAGAAUGAAAAAAAAUUAAUGUUUCUUAUGUAGGUAAAAAAAUAAUUCUGAUAAUUGUAAUUUUUUUUAUCCUGGAGUUUAGAUAAAAUAUGUAUAGUUUGGGCUCGUACAGUAUUUUUAAGAAAGUAGAACUAGUCAAAUAAAUAAUAAAUUGAA